AUGUCUCUUCCCACUCGAUCCCUUGGCCGCAAUGGCCCACAGGUCCCUGCAGUUGGCCUUGGACUCAUGAGUCUCGGUGACGUCUAUGGAUCCGCCGGCUCUCUCGAGGACAAGGUAGCCUUCCUCGAACAUGCCCAUUCGAUCGGUGCCAGAUUCUGGGAUACCGCCGACGUGUACUUUGACAGCGAAGAUGCAGUUGGGGAGUGGAUAAAGAAAUCAGGACACCGCAAUGACAUCUUCCUGGCCACCAAGUUUGGACUGAAGUUCGAUCUUGCCGCAGGCAUCCAGACGGUCCACUCCGACCCCGAGUAUAUCAGGGUUGCCUGCGAGAAGAGUCUGAAACGACUCGGUGUCGAUACCAUCGAUCUUUAUUACUGCCACCGCGUUGAUGGAGUGACACCCAUUGAACAGACUAUCGAAACUAUGGUUGAGUUGAAGAACCAAGGCAAAAUCAAGCAUCUUGGUCUAUCCGAAUGCUCUGCAUCUACUCUGCGCCGAGCCCAUGCCGUACACCCCAUUGCAGCAUACCAGGUGGAGUACAGCCCUUUCGCUCUGGACAUCGAAUCAUCCACCACAGAUGUCUUGAACACCUGCCGCGAGCUUGGCAUCACUGUCAUUGCCUAUAGCCCCGUUGGCCGAGGAAUCUUGACUGGACACAUCCAGUCAUUUUCCGACAUUCCCGAAAAUGACUUCCGUCGCAUGCUGCCCAAGUAUGCAGAGGAGAACUUCCCCAAGAUCAAGGAAUUGGUCCAGGGACUGAAACUUGUUGCUGAGAAGCAUGACAGUUCGCCCGCGCAGGUUGCGAUUGCCUGGCUUCUUGCCCAGGGCUCUGAUAUCAUUCCCAUCCCUGGAACAAAAUCGAUUAAGAACCUUGAUGAAAAUUUCCGUUCCAUCAAUCUUCGUCUGACAGAGAGGGAGUUGAAGGACGUUCGAGAAUUGAUUGAUCGAACCGAGAUUCCUGGACUGCGGUAUCCCGAUAUGUGA